UUGGUCAACGAAGCAUUUGCAGUGUUAAAUAGAUAAAUUGCGUCCUCUAUUCCUUGAAAUGUGUGCUAGUGCCUUACUCUCCCCUUCUUACUCUUCACCAUCUUAUUUCCACCAUAUUACUCUCUUUCUCUUUUACUGUCAUUUGCUAAUAUCCUGUUUGGGAAAUCAUGUGUCUCGUAUACAUACACGUAGCGGUCAUAUAGCGCAUUGUACUUAUCGACAUUCGAUUGGAUGGGAAAACAGAUUUUCUGUUAUUUGUUCUACUUGUACUGAUUCUUGUGUCAUUACGUUGUAAACAAGGAGAUAUUAUUGCGUGAGAAGGUCGAACCCACCUUCCUAUAACAAAAAGUGAGUGCUGCGGUUUUCGACUUGACAUAUGCGGUUGAUGAAAAGGAAGGGGAAAGAAAAGAUAAAGUUGACAAGAUAUAUUUAACAUUGUCAAAAAAUACGAAUGUAAAAAGAGAAAGAAAUGAGAUAAAUAAAAUGUAGAGAGGUUAUACUGAUGAGCAAUCAAGAAUUGUGUGAUGUGUAAAUGUAGGAAUGGUCGAUAGAUCGAAUGGCGUAGAUAAUUGUGUGUGUGUGUGUGUGUGCUGGUACAUAUAUAUAUACAGAGAGAGAGAAAGAGAUUGUUUUUUGCGAUAGAAUAUUUAAAAUUGCUGAAACAUAAAAUUUAACGAACAGAUUAAAUAAUAGGAGAAGUUAUGUGUUCUUUAUAUGUAAAUUAAGGAUGCUACGUAUUAAUGUUAGAGUGUAGAAAAAAAGAAUGACGUAAUGUUCGAGUAGAGAGAGAAAAAGAGAGUGUGUAUAUGAUGAGCAAAACAAGGGAACAAGCUGGUUCGUCUAAGUCAUCAGGAUCUGCAGGCUCUACUGAAGAAAAAGAAAAGGAUGAGAGGAUUUUUGAGUGCAAUAUUUGUUUGGAUACAGCAAAAGAUGCAGUUGUUAGUAUGUGCGGUCAUCUGUUUUGUUGGCCAUGUCUGCAUCAGUGGUUAGAGACCAGACCUACUAGACAGGUUUGUCCAGUAUGUAAAGCUGCAAUAAGCAAAGAUAAAGUCAUUCCAUUAUAUGGACGUGGAGCUGCAAAACAUGAAGAUCCAAGGAAUAACGUGCCACCACGUCCGGCCGGUCAAAGGUCAGAACCAGAAGCCAAUGUCGGCUUUCCCGGCUUUGGCUUUGGUGAAGGUUCCUAUUUGUCGUUCGGUAUUGGCACUUUUCCAUUUGGUUUUAUUACAUCGACUUUUAACAUUGGAGAAACACGACCAAGCGCAGCUCCCAGAGGUACACCACAAUAUGAAGAAGAGCAGUUUUUAUCUAAAGUAUUUUUGUGGUUAGCAGUAAUAUUCAUCUGCUGGCUGUUGAUGGCAUAACAUUACUUCUAAAUCUCACACACACACACAACACACACACACACACACACCAGUUUGCCCGAUAAUUUAUAAUUUUUGUCUAAUGACAUCCUGUCGAUUUAUGAUAAUCGCAACGUUACGUCGGUUUUCAUUAUGUGAUUUUUGCAAACAUCUCUUUGAAAAAAAGAAACAAAGAUACAAAUUUAUUUCUGCGUAUUUUAAAACUAUACAACUAAAGAAAUAAUUUUUUCUUACUUUUGCUUUAGAAAAGAGGCAACAAGUGUAUUGAACCAUUUUUUGUCCAUAUAAAAUGUUUUACACGGUUUCGUUAGCAUUUACAUACUUCGAACAGGAUUAAUCUUCAGACACAAUGCGAGGGAAUAGUGAUAACGAUAGAAAUAGCACAAUUUUAAUUUGUAACACAAAUAAAUUGAAAACACCAAAAUACACAGCCUCUGAUGAUUUGAAAUCGUAUUAUUUUUAUCGCUAUUUCCAUUUUCUUACAUUGUGUU